ACAAAAAGAAUACAAAUAAACAAAUUCACCAACCACAACAACAACAACAACAAAAUGGGCGGCGGCAAAGAUAUUCGUCGCGGCCUGGAGCCGUUGGAAUUUGAGGAAUGCAUUGUCGAUAGUCCCGAAUUUCGUGAUAAUCUCAAUCGUCACGAAAAGGAAUUGGAUCAUACUAGUCAUCAGAUCAAGCGCAUUAUCAAAGAGGUUAAAGAUCUAAUGAGUGCCGCUAAAGUGCUGUCCACACGAAUGAAACAAUUGGCCAUUCUACUCAACGACUUCAACUUUGAGUGCAUCGGCACUGCUCAGACCGAUGACGAGAAUGUCAUCUGCGAGAGCCUCAAGCGCUUUGGCAACAUCAUCGGCACCAUUGAGGAUGAACGCGAUAAAAUGCUUACGCUUGCCGACAAGCAUAUUAUAGAGUCGCUGGAGGAUUUUCGCAAGAAACAAAUCGGCGGCGUUAAGGAGAACAAAAAGAAGUUUGAUAAGAAGACUGAAAAGUUCUGUCAGUCGCAGGAGCGUUUUCUAAAUAUGUCAACCAAAAAGCCCGAAAAUACGAUACAAGAGGCCGAUGCCAGUCUGGGCAUGCAUGAGCGCGAAUACAUACAGGAGUCGCUGAGCUAUGUACUGCGCAUUCAGGAGGUGCAGGAGCGCAUCAAAUUCGAGUUUGUCGAAAUUCUCUUAGCCUUCAUAUCCGGCUGGCUUGUGUUCUAUCACACCGCUCACGAGCAGGCCGAGGAUCACAGUGAUUACUUGCAGGAUCUGCGACACAAAGUCCAAAAGACGCGUGAAAAUUUCGAGGAAGCACGCGAAAAAGUCACCGAACUAAAAACCAAGUACAUGGAAAAGCGUACAAAGUCCGAGGAGAUUUUCACCAAACGCGGCUAUUUGUUUUUAAUGGAAAAGAGUUCCCUUCUGAAAAUCUCACUUUUAGAGCCAUUCAAAGCAACAUGGACGAAAUACUAUUGCACAUUCAAGAAGCAGAAGCGCGAGUUCACAAUGCUGCAGUUCAACCAGAUGAAUCACAGCUUCACCCGUCCGGAGGCGCGUGAGGACGAGAAGCUGACACUGUUCAGCUGCCAGCGUCGCGCUUCGGAGUUCGAGAAACGCUUCUGCUUCGAUCUGACCUUCAAGGAGAAGCCAGGCAUCGUUUAUACGUUUCAGGCGCUCAGCGAAAAGGAUCAUCGCUCCUGGCUAAGCGCCAUGGACGGCACGGAGCCAACUUACUUGGCGCCCGGCAAGAUGAAGGCCAGCGAGGCGUAUCAGCUGGACGAGACCGGGUUUAUGUUUGUGCGCCGCUGCAUUCAAGUGCUGGAGAGUCGUGGGCUCGAGGACGAGGGCAUUUAUCGCAAGAGCGGCGUCGGCACCAAAAUCAACAAGCUGCUGUCCCUGGGCAUGGAGCGCAAGGAGACGGAGGACGUAUUCAGCGAUGACAAGUACCGCGAUCUCAUGGAGAGCAACACCAUAGCGAGCGCCCUCAAAAUGUAUCUGCGCAAUCUGCACGAGCCGCUCAUGACCUAUCACUACCACAGCGGCUUCAUCGAGGCAGCCAAAAAAGAGAGCCUAAGUCAGCGCGUGAACGAAGUCCACAAGCUGGUCUACAAAUUGCCACAGCCAAACUUUGAGAUGCUCGACAUGGUCAUCAAGCAUUUAACUCAAGUGGCGCGCAAGUACGAGAAGAACAAAAUGUCGGUGUUCAAUCUGGGCGUGGUGUUUGGGCCGACACUGCUGCGUCCCAUGGAGGAGACGGUGGCUGCCAUUUUGGACAUCAAGUUCAACAACAUUGUCAUCAAUAUACUCAUUGAGAACUACGAUCGCAUCUUCAAGAACGAUCCCAGCAGCGGGGUGACCACAGCGGUCACCGCUGAUCGCACAGCGGCCAGUCUGCAUCCGAGCAGCAGCAGUCCGCCCACCCGCAUGCCACGCGCCUCCCAGGUGGGCAAAGCCGCAUCCACUGGCGGCGGCGGCGGCAGCGUUGGCCGCAAUUCCAUGUACUCGCCGCAGCAAAAGGUUUACCGCGUGGUGACCAAAUCCAAUUACACGGAACCCACCAUGUCCUCCAGCCUGCAGAAUAUUCCAAAUGGCAUGAUCUACGCCCAUGGCCCGCCCAGCGUAGGCAGCAGCAGCACCCCACCAAGCAAUGGAGGUGGCGGUGGCGGCGGCGCCUCCGUUGUUGCCAACACCAACGGAGCACGUCCGGCACAAAUGGGCAGCAUGAAGAAUCUGCAUGCGAUGACGCAAAGCGACAUCAGCGGACGACGCAGCGGCUCCGGCACAGAUGCAGCGGUCGCCGUCUACGGCAUACUGGGCGCUGGAGCUGGCAGCACCAACGGCGGCAUUGGACUGCAGGCGCAUCAUGCCACGCCGGCGACAGCGACCAGCGGCAAUCUGCGGCAUGCGGACUAUCUGAUGGCCACGGCCACGCCAGUGGCCCAGUCGGCGUCCAGCAGCCACAUCUAUACGAACGCCAAUGCCGGCAGCAAUCGUCUGAGCAUGAACAACGUAUCCCCGCCCACGGCCGCCAUGCGCAAGGAGCGUCUGCUGCAGAGCUCGGGCAGCAGCAGUGCCAUCGUUGCCAUUGGACCGCAGCAGCAUCCGCCCGUGCAGCGCAGCCACUUUGGCUAUGGCCAGGGCAAGCAUUAUUCGCCUGUGGCCGCCGCCUCCACCUCCAGCUCCAAUGAGAGCGUCUGCGAUUCGCUUUCAUCCAACAAUGGGGGCAUUGGUGGCGGCGGCGGCGGCGGCGUCAUUGGCGGCUCAGGCGGCGUCAUUGCUGGCACUGGUUUACUUGCCGGUGGCGGUGGCGGCGGCGGUGGCGGCAGCAGCGCCAAUGUAACGCGUCUGCUCAAUCCGCGCAGCUCCAUUGACUAUCCAAUUACGUCGCAAGCCUCGUCGCUCUCCACGCUGCUCGGCUCCACCUGCGAUGAUAUAGUCACAGCCACUGCCGCUCCCUCGAUGAUAGGCGGCGCCGGACUGAGCAGUCUCAGUGGCAGCGGCUCCACCAACGAGAGCGCCGACUAUGCGCCAACCAAAAUGCAUCGCAAUCGCGACUUGAACCAAAUUAAGCGUGAUCUAUCCGCAGGCACAGCGCGCGUACGCACGCUUUAUGCUUGUAUGGGAGAGAGCGAGGGCGAGCUGUCCUUUGAGCCAAAUCAGAUCAUAACCAAUGUGCGUUUCUCACAUGAGCCUGGCUGGCUGCAGGGCACGCUGAACGGCAAGACGGGCCUCAUACCAGAGAACUACGUGGAGCACCUUAAGCCAUACCAUUAGAUUAUGUACUCUGUCUCUCUCUCUCUCUUUCGCUCACUCUCUACCUAUCGAUCUAUCUAUCUAUCUAUCUCUGUCUUUUUCACGCCUUCGCACUAUAUAGUAACCUUAGCUGUAUCUCGAUCGCGCACACGCAUUGUUAGUUGCGUUUAACCUAGUACUAGUAGCACCAUAAGUCGUAUUAGCCUAAGGCUCUACUUGUUAAGAGCGCCAUCCAAAAUCGCAACUGUAAAAUUGUAUAAACCACAAGCAAGCCAGCAAGCGAGAGAUGUUUUGUUUGAGGCACCCAUACAUACAUACAUACACACAUGCAUAUAUAUAUAUCAUAUAUAUACAUUUGUAAAGUAUAUAAACAGAAAGAGAACGAAGGAAAGAAAUAAUUAAUUUUAGUCUUAAACGUAGUUGUAAAACUUAAAACUUAAUGUGGAGUGUUAAGUCUAAGCCAUAAAAGCCACCAGUUUACUUUAGCAAUGUAUUACAACCAAUCAACACAAACAAAAACAAACAGCAACAACUACAAAAUUGUAUUACCAAUCAUAACUAAAGCUAUAGCCACACACACACACACAUUUGUUAAUUGUUUACAAACCGAUGAAGCAGUUAUACUAUUUUCUUAUUUAUUGUUUUAUUUGAAAGGAACAAAUUUCAAGUUCGAGACGCACAUAAAGCGGCAAACUUUAAUGUAAUUUAUAUACAACUAUACAUACAUACUAUAUAUAUAUAUAUACCAUAUAUACUUUACCACAUUUAC